CGUUCUCCAGGUUGCGGAAGAUCUCGUCGGGCGGCAGGGUGAUGCUCUUGUCCAAACUGCCGUGACCGCCGCUCCCUCGCCCGCCCCGCUCCGCCAUUUUGAGCGCAGCCCGCUCCUCGCCGGGGGCUCAUUCGGCAGCACUGAAAGCCAGCCGGGAGGCUCUGGAGCAAAGCUGCACGGAGGUGGGCUCGUCUGCUCCCUGCACACCUGGAAGGGUCUGGAAAUGGAAACGCCCGAGAGGGGAAGCGUGUGGCGAGUGUGGGAAACUCCGCCGAGCCGCAGACCCACAGGCUCUCAGGGAGGCUGCGGGGUAUAAAUACAGGGCAGAGGCAGCUUCCAGCAUCACGUUUCUCUGGGACUCCCACUCUGAGACCUUCCCUCCCCUCGGGACAGAUGGCUCCCAGCGCUGUGUUCCUGGAGCCCGACAACUUGCUGACGCCAAAGGAGAAAAACAAACUCAGGAAGCCGGUGGUGGAGAAAAUGCGCCGGGACCGGAUUAACAGCAGCAUCGAGCAGCUGAAGCUGCUCCUGGAGAAGGAGUUCCAGAGGCACCAGCCCAACUCCAAGCUGGAGAAAGCCGACAUCCUGGAGAUGACCGUCAGCUACCUGAAACAGCAGAGCCAGCUGCAGCUGAAGACUGUAGCAUCCUUCCAUAAAAGCUCUCAGUUUGACUUCAGAGAGGGCUACUCUAGGUGUUUGCAAGAAGCUUUCCAUUUCCUCUCUCUUCAUAAAGUCCGAACUGAGACACAGAGCAAGCUCUUAAGUCACUUCCAGAAGAGCCAGGCAGCAGCUCCAGAGGUCGCCUUUUCCCCCAGCAAGCCCAGCGCCCUGAAGCAAGCAUCUCCAAAAGACGCCGGUACUCUCUGGAGGCCCUGGUAGUCAGGGGAGUCCUCGCUCCACAGACCUUUGCCUUUAGAGUCCAGAGGAAGGAUCUGACUGCAUCUGGUAGUCCAGCUCUGAUCCUCUCUCCAGUAGGGAAUAUGAUUUCCCCGUGUAUUUUAUUUAUGUUUGAAAAGAAUGGCAGACUUCUGACUUUCACGGGAGCCUCUGGCAAAAGUUGAGGCAUUCUGCUGAGUGGCAUUGAAGCUGUGGGUGCUGGUGGCACAGCACCCAGCGCGUUGCCCGGUCAGGGGGCGAUGUCUUCAGACUGAAGGAGGGCGUUUUGUAGAUGUCACAGUUGUGAUGGAUGAGAAUUGCUGUAGGAAGAUUUCUCUAAUGUGACAUGUACGAGCCAUCGGCUUUGCUCUGGCUUGACUAGCAGUGCCUGUUUGCUCAGUCAUGCUGGAGGAUAAAUGUACCACCCUUCUGUUCACCCACACUUGGUUAAAUGUCAUUUCCCCCUGUUUGCUUAUAACUUGUCCUGCAUCACAGGUGGCUUUGUUCUGCCUUGGAUUUCGCUCUAUUGACCCUCUGAAUGUCCUAGUAUAUAAAGUGUGAUGGAUGAACAGGAGGUAGGAAACUAUGUGGAAUAUUUCUACUGUUCUGCUGCUUUUUUCGAUUUAGGAAAAGAGUGUGUUACUGCUUUAUGUUAAAGAAAAGUGGUAGAUAAGAAGCUUGAUUGGUCAAUGUUAUACAUUUUGGGUGUAAGCUAUGCUUUUUCUAUCAUUUUCAUUAUAAUAAUGAUUGCUGUCUGUAUUAAGUGGUGUAAUUCAUGGUGGAUGGUGUUUCUCCCACUAUUGGGACAGCCCUAUGGCGUGCGCGCAUACUGUGUAUGCGUCUCUGGGUUUGUAGAGAGCAAUAAAAUGCAUUUGUGUGCAACUUC